AUGAAUUUUUUACAAGCAGAGAUUUUAAAAAAACGUAAAGAGUUAGAAGAAAGUAAUUUAUUGCAAAAUAAACGCAAGUAUUUUAAAGUAGCAGAACUAACAUUAAAUAAAGUAGAAACUUCUGAAUCAAAUAAUAAUAACACUGACACAAUUAAUACAGUGGAAAACAAAAAUUCUGAAGGCUCCGUUGAAAAUACUGUAGAGCAUCAAAAGUUAUCACGACCAGAAGUGAUAAAACGACUAAGAGAGCGAAGUGAACCUAUUUUACUAUUUGGAGAAUCAGAAUUAGAAUCCUUUCAACGUCUACGCAAGUGUGAAAUACUUCAGCCUGAGGUUAAUAAAGGAUUCAGAAAUGAUUUCCAAGAAGCUAUGGAUCAAGUUGAUCAAGCUUAUUUGAAUGAAUUAUUAUCUUCGUCGAAGCCAACUAAUGAAUGUAACAAAGGAGACGUUAAUAUACCUGAUGAACAAGUUACUUACGAAGAUAUAGAAAAAAUGUCCGUGAAAUUAAAUCGAGGCGAUCGUGAUUUUGAUAUGAGUGUAAUUACACAAUUUCUGCAAUUUUUGGUUCUCAUGUGGGGUAUGCAAUUAAAUAGUCGUAGUGCUGCUGAAAAAAUGAGCACCAAAGGAAAAAUGGCCAGUGCAACCUAUGCACAGACAAGAGAAUACUUGAAACCCUUGUUGAGAAAGUUAAAAAAUAAAUCACUACCAGAAGAUAUCACUGAUAGUCUUACGGAAAUUGUUAAACAUCUUCUAGAGCGCAAUUAUAUUUUGGUAAGUUUCCGCUGUAAAUUAAAAUUAAUUCAUAGUAUUUACAUUAAUAUAUAA